CCCCGCCGCCGCCAGCGCACGGCCCCCCGGCCCCGCCACACCGGCCCUGCCGCCGCCACCAACGCCCCGCCAUGAAGGCGGCGCCGGGCGGCGCUGAGGAGGCGGAGAAGCUGAACAAGAUGAGCUCCCUCCUGGAGAGGCUCCACGCCAAGUACAGCCAGAACAGGCCCUGGACAGAGACCAUGAAGCUGGUCCGGCAGGUCAUGGAAAAGCGGGUUGUGCUGAACUCAGGGGGGCACCAGCACCUGGUGAGCUGCUUGGAGACGCUGCAGAAGGCCCUGAAAGUCUCAUCCCUGCCUGCCAUGACAGACCGCCUGGAGUCCAUCGCCAGGCAGAGCGGCCUGGGAUCCCACCUCAGUGCCAACGGCACCGAGUGCUACAUCACCUCGGACAUGUUCUACGUGGAAGUGCAGCUGGACCCCACCGGGCUGCUCUGUGAUGUCAAGGUGGCCCACCAUGGAGAGAACCCCGUGAGCUGCCCAGAACUGGUGCAGCACCUGAGGGAGAAAAAUUUUGAUGAGUUUUCCAAACAUCUGAGGGGGCUCGUGAACCUGUAUAAGCUGCCAGGAGAGAACAAACUUAAAACUAAAAUGUACUUGGCUCUGCAGUCCUUGGAGUUGGAUCUGCAGAAGAUGGCUGGCAUGUAUUGGCAAGCCACCAAUGCCAACCCCCUGGACAAGAUUCUCCACGGCAGUGUUGGUUAUCUCACCCCCAGGAGCGGAGGUCUCCUGAUGAACCUCAAAUAUUACGUGUCCCCCUACGAUUUAUUUGAGGACGGCAGCGGAGCCCCCGUGAUCCUGCACGAGAACAACGUUCCUCGCUCGCUGGGUAUGAACGUGUCCGUGACAGUCGAGGGCACCAUGACCAUGCACAAGCUCCCCAUUGCCCCGCUGAUCAUGGGCUCCCACCCCGUGGACAGCAAAGGGACCCCGUCCUUCUCCUCCAUCACCAGCGCCAACAGCGUGGAUUUACCAGCCUGUUUCUUCCUGAAGUUCCCGCGUCCCAUCCCGGUGUCUCGAGCGUUCAUUCAGAAACUCCAGAGCUGCACAGGGAUCCCGCUGUUUGACACCCCACCCACGUUUGUUCCCCUCUACGAGCUGAUCACGCAGUUUGAACUCUCCAAGGAGGCCGAUCCCCUGCCCUUGAACCACAACAUGCGUUUCUACGCCGCUCUUCCAGGACAGCAGCACUGUUACUUCCUGAACAAGGACGCCCCUCUCCCGGAUGGAAGGAGCCUCCAGGGCACUCUGAUCAGUAAAAUCGCCUUCCAGCACCCGGGCAGGGUCCCCCUCAUCCUCAACCUCAUCAGGCACCAGGUGGCCUACAACACCCUCAUCGGCAGCUGCGUCAAGAGGACGGUCCUCAAGGAAGAUUCUCCCGGGAUCCUGCAGUUCGAGGUUUGCCCUCUCUCCGACUCCUGCUUCAGUGUCUCCUUCCAGCACCCCGUGAACGACUCCCUGGUGUGUGUGGUGAUGGAUGUGCAGGACUCCACCCACGUGAACUGUAAGCUGUACAAGGGGCUGUCUGAUGCCCUCAUCUGCACAGAUGAUUUCAUUGCCAAAGUUGUUCAGAGGUGCAUGUCCAUCCCCGUGACCAUGAGGGCGAUCCGUAGGAAAGCAGAAACCAUUCAAGCUGACACCCCAGCCCUGUCCCUCAUUGCAGAGACAGUGGAAGACAUGGUGAAGAAAAACCUGCCCCCCGCCAGCAGCCCAGGGUAUGGCAUGACCACAGGCAGCAACCCAAUGAGCGGGACCACCACCCCAACCAACACUUUUCCUGGGGGGCCCAUCACUACUCUGUUUAACAUGAGCAUAAGCAUGAAAGAGAGGCAUGACUCAGUGGGCCAUGGGGAGGACUUCAGCAAAGUGUCUCAGAACCCUAUUCUCACUAGUUUGUUGCAGAUCACAGGGAAUGUGGGGUCAACCCUUGGCUCAAGUCCGACCCCCCCCCACCACACACCACCACCAGUAUCCUCACCUGCCAGCAACACCAAGAACCACCCCAUGCUCAUGAACCUCCUUAAGGAGAAUCCCCCUCAGGAUUUCUCCACCCUGUAUGGGAGCAGCCCCCUGGAAAGGCAGAACUCUUCCUCUGGCUCCCCCCGGAUGGAGAUGGGCCCCGGGGGGAAUAAGCAAAAGAAAAAAAAGUCCCGCGUGCCGGCCGACAAGCCCAAGCACCAGACUGAGGAUGAUUUCCAGAGGGAGCUCUUCUCCAUGGACGUUGACUCCCAGAACCCCAUUUUUGACGUGAACAUGACUGCAGACACCCUGGACACCCCCCACAUUACUCCAGCCCCCAGCCAGUGCAGCACUCCCCCCGCCACCUACCCCCAGGCGCUGCCCCACGCCCAGCCCAGCAUCCAGAGGAUGGUCCGUCUGUCCAGCUCCGACAGCAUCGGGGCCGACGUCACCGACAUCCUCUCGGACAUAGCGGAGGAGGCCUCCAAGCUGCCCCCCAGCACCGAGGACUGCCCGCCCAUGGGGACUCCGGUCCGAGACUCCUCCAGCUCAGGACAUUCCCAAAGUGCCCUCUUUGACCCCGAUGUGUUUCAGGCCAACAGCAGCGAGAACCCCUACACUGACCCCGCAGACCUGAUCGCUGACGCCGCUGUGAGCCCCAACAGUGACUCCUCCAACCAUUUCUUCCCGGACGGAGUCGAUUUCAACCCCGACUUGCUCAACAGCCAGAGCCAGAGCGGUUUUGGGGAGGAGUACUUUGAUGAGAGCAGUCAGAGUGGAGACACUGAUGAUUUCAAGGGCUAUGCCUCCCAGGCUCUGACUAACUUAGGGGUGCAGGUCCUGGGGGCUGACGGGGGGGAUAAUAAAUUUAAGGGGGGCAAUCCAUCGGACACGGUGGAUUUCAGUAUUAUUGCAGCUGCCAGCAAAGCUCUGGGCUCCUCUGACAUCAUGGAGCACCACAGUGGGGGUCAGAGCCCCCUGCUGAACACGGGGGAGCUGGGAAAGGAGAAGUCUCAGAAACGGGUAAAGGAAGGCAAUGGGUCUGGAAGUGCCAUGGCAGGGGCAGGGAUAGACGGGAAGCCAGGGAAGCGCAGCCGGACACCGUCCAGUGAUGGGAAGAGUAAGGAGAAACUCCCGAAGCGGAAGAAGCAGGAGACAGAUGGGAAAUCUCCGUCUCACAGUUCAUCAAACAGGCCCUUCACACCACCAGCCAGCACAGGUGGGUCCAAAUCUCCAGGGAGCUCGGGCAGAUCUCAGACUCCUCCCGGGGUGGCCACUCCCCCCAUUCCAAAAAUAACCAUCCAGAUCCCCAAAGGAACGGUGACUGUUGGCAAACCAUCGUCGCACGGCCAGUACACCAGUAGUGGUUCUGUCACCUCCUCCAGCAGCAAGAGCCACCACAGCCAUUCUUCCUCCUCCUCCUCUUCCUCCUCUUCGACCUCAGGCAAAAUCAAAAGCAAAUCAGAAGGGUCUUCUGGCUCCAAGAUGAGCAGCAGCCUCUACUCGGGCCAGGGUGGCUCCGGGUCGGGUCAGUCCAAGGGCUCUGCCCAGUCGGUGGGAAAGCCGGGAUCGUCCCCCAUCACCAAGCACGGCCUCAGCACCGGCUCCGGCAGCGCCAAGAUGAAACCUCAAGGAAAGCCAUCGUCGCUCAUGAACCCUUCCAUGAGCAAACCCAACAUCUCCCCGUCCCACUCGCGGCCCUCGGGAGGGUCUGACAAACUUGCCUCUCCCAUGAAGCCCGUCCCAGGCACUCCCCCGUCGUCUAAAGCGAAGUCCCCCAUCAGUUCGGGCUCUGGUGGGUCCCACAUGUCCGGGACUGGCUCAGGCUCGAGCAUGAAAUCCUCCUCAGGCAUGGGAUCCUCCGGGUCCAUGUCACAGAAACCACCUCCCUCAUCAAAUUCCUCCACGGCAUCUUCCUCUUCCUUCUCAUCCAGCGGGUCUUCCAUGUCCUCCUCGCAGAACCAGCAUGGAAGUUCCAAGGGCAAGUCUCCCAGCAGAAACAAGAAGCCCUCCCUGACUGCAGUCAUAGACAAGCUGAAGCACGGGGUGGUCACCAGUGGGCCCGGCGGGGACGACCCCAUGGACGGGCAGAUGGGGCCCAGCUCCAACUCCUCGGGCCACGCCAUGUCCUCCAAACACAACAUGUCUGGGGGGGAGUUCCAGGGCAAACGGGAGAAGAGCGACAAGGAGAAAUCCAAGGUCUCCGUCUCCGGAGGGUCCGGCGACUCCUCCUCCAAGAAGAACUCGGAUUCCAAAAGCGUCGGGAGCACCGGGGUGGCCAAAAUCAUCAUCAGCAAACACGACGGCGGCUCCCCCAGCAUCAAGGCCAAAGUCACCCUGCAGAAACCCGGGGAGGGCGGCGGGGACGGGCUCAGGCCCCAGAUGGCCUCCUCCAAAAGUUACGGCUCCCCCCUGAUCAGCGGGUCCACCCCCAAGCACGAGCGCUGCUCCCCCAGCCACAGCAAGUCCCCGGCCUACACCCCCCAGAACAUCGACAGCGAGAGCGAGUCGGGCUCCUCCAUCGCCGAGAAGUCCUACCAGAACAGCCCCAGCUCCGACGACGGCGUCCGGCCCCUGCCCGAGUACAGCGCCGAGAAGCACAAGAAGCACAAAAAGGAGAAGAAGAAAGUGAAGGACAAAGACCGGGACAGAGAGCGGGAGCGGGACAAGGACAGGGACAAGAAGAAGUCCCACGGGAUGAAGCCGGAGAGCUGGUCCAAGUCCCCGAUCUCGGCGGAGCAGCCGCUCUCCAUGGCCGGCAGUGCCAUCCUGGCGGCCGAGAGGCCGUCCCGGGCCAGCCCCGAGUUCCUCAUCGGGGAGGAGGACGAUGAUCUCAUGGACGUGGCUCUAAUUGGCAAUUAGUUCUCGGAGAGGAGCUGUCUGCAGGGUCCUGGGGGGAAGGAAGGAAGGAAGGAAGGAAGGAAGGAAGGAAGGAAGGAAGGAAGGAUCCAUCCCAAACUCGCCACGGGUGCGU